AUGGCGCAGCUUGCGAUGCUCUUCUUGUUCAUCCAGCAGGUCUUUGGACACCAGGACGCUAUGUCUUUUGCGUGUUCGAACCAGUCGGUGUGUGACGAGAGGGCGUCGUUGAUCCAAUUGAAGGCUGCUUCUGGUACUUGCCCGGAUGACUUCGACGAUGGGGAUUGCUCUGCAGACAAUUCUUGCCAAUGCACUCCGCAAUCUGAUUCUGAGGAGAUUGGAGCUUUUCCCAACGGUGUCUUGCAGUGCUCGGGAGAAAACAGCUGCACCAGUGCGGACGUUGGAGUUCGUGACACGAAUUUCUUCAAGUUCGUUGAUCCGGAUGAUUACCUCGAGUGCACCGCCUUCAAAGCAUGCGGCUGGCAACAUGCGGCGGGUGCAGAGGCUGGCUUAGCGGGUGGCUACUUCAAUGUCAAGAACAUCGGGGCCCUAUGCUGCGCUGUUCCUAACCUCAUUUUUGGCAACAACGGCGUUUGCAGUAAGUCAAAAUUUACCAUGGCUUCCAGCACCAAAUGCUCCAGGGACGCCUGCUGCCAUGGAACGAAUAUUUGCAGAGGCAGCGACUUGAUUGGAGUUCGAAGUCUCUCCUGCUACGACCGCGAGGCCUGCUCUGCAGGAAACUAUGCAGAAGUUGAGAAGGACGUACAUUGCCUCGGAGACUACUCAUGUUGCCGGUGGUCGAAGGAGGGCCGAGCUUCAACUUUCAAGAUCACCACAGGCGAAGGACAUUGUGUGACCUGUGGCGGUUUGCGGUCCUGCCAGGUCAGCCAGUGGAAAUUCACGCAGCCAUCCGACACUGACAUGAACUGCACAGGCGAAGAAGCAUGCGACCGUGCGACAAUCAGUGUCAAUGGCGGGUGCUUCAAGCUUUUGUGUGACGGUGUGAGAGCUUGCAGGCAAAUGGAUCUCACUUUGUCAGGUGGUGCUGAGUGCUCUUGCACAGCAGCCAACAGUGGUCAAUGCCCGGACAAGUGCGCUGGAUUCAAGAUCUGUGCGGAACCAACUCCAUGCGGAGCGGAGCGCUACGAGUCCAUCACAUGCGCUGCGAGCGGCCCUGACCAAACAGAUUGCGCCGCUGCGUGCGAUGACAGUGGCCGUGCCCAGGGCGACCCACAUAUCCAAACACUUCGCGGGGCGCACUACACCAUCUUGAAGGAAGGCAACUUCUUGGCUUGGAGUUAUUCCAAAACCACGAGCUUCAAAUCCAAAAUGGGCCUGGAAAAGGAGAUUCCACUGCAGUGGAAACUCUACGCUCGUUACGGUGGCAGUUUUUUCAGUACCAAGGGACUCUUGCUGGUGGACGUGAACCGCAGCUUGGCUCUCGAGUUGACCUCAGAGGAUUGCGCAUGGCGUCAGAGGAUUGGCCAAGAUGGUGAGUGGCACAAGGUGAAGCCGGUGUUGUUGACUUCGGAAGACAAUGCCACCAGUUUCAAUGUCUCAGACGUCCGCCAACUUUCCGGCGAUGAUCUCCUCGGUGCUACGAUCAUAUUGAACAUGAACUCAAAACAUGGCCUUCAGCCAGUGGCGCGGCUUGUGUCACAUUGCAAGCCAGGCGAUCACAUGGACUUCAAGCUCAACAUGUUUCAGAAGAGCGACAUCUCUUUCGUGGGUGGUGAACUUGGAGUUGGCCACGAGGCGAUGUCCACCGGUGGCACUGGUGAAGUCCACUUUUUGUCUUCUAAACUGAAAACCAUGCAGUUGAGGACGGAUACCGAGUUUGAGGCCAAGAGGACGUGGCUCGAGUUGGGUGGUAGUGACAGGGCAACUUCCUAUUUCGGCACCUUUGGAGCUUCGGCCUCGUUGGCAACAACCAUGUGCACCGCCGCAGAGGAAGAAAAGGCAGGAAAGAUUUGCGCCAAGCAUUUGCCAGGAUCUGACUCAGAGGUUUUGGCCGAUUGCAUUUUUGAUGUUUGUCAUGGAGGCGGUGAACUGGCUGCCGUAUCUGCUGGUCUGCUGAUCUCGGCUUAA